AUGAAGACACUUAUUCUGCUUCUUGUCGUUCUGGGUGUCUUUAUGAAUCCAGUCUUUGCAAGUAAUAAUAUCCAGCUCAUAAAUCAGGGAAAUGAUGGGGGAACUGUCUACCAGACAGUGAACAUCAAUCAUGAUGUUAACGUUGCUACAUUCAACAUUUACUCCGGAGCACACUCCUCCAACGCAAUCUUCGACUACGACCAUGGUAUAAUUGCUUACCACAUGCCAUACAAGAAGAUAUGUGUUGUUUCCAGAAUGAACAGGGCAACCUUUCCAACUUUAAACCAACUUGAGGACAUGGUCAAUAAUCAAAGGGACCUGAAUUCCCUCCACAGAAGCUAUGGGAUAUCCCGCAACUAUGUCAGAAAUGUAGCUGGACUUGGGGCACCCAUCCAGGCAACAUGUGGAGGACUUUCCACCUACUGGGCUACUGAAUAUGGCAGACCACAAAAUUUACUUAGUGUUACUGGCUGCAUGGGUGUUAAAUUCUUCAUUCUGAAUGUGAACUUGUGUGGUGGCCUUAAGCUCUUCUAA